AUGGGAUCGAAGUGUCGACGUUGCGGGCGGCUGGUCUCUGACCAAAUGGUGGACGCGGACAGUGUGCCUGAGUGGGUGUCUCGCGUUGCAGAUGUGCGGAGACAAGGAGAUCGAGUGGUGUGCCGAGCGGGUGGUGGCGUGCGCGGUAGAGUGCCGUCCACAUGCCAUCGCGCCAUGUGGCGCGUGCUGCUGGCCCUGGGGGCCGCGUGCGCCGCCGCGCGCGCUUCGCAGGAUGUGGUGCGAACCUUCACCGAUCCAGUGUCGUCGCCGACUUCCCAGUUCAACCAUCUCGUCGUCGAUGGCCACACAGGCCGUGUGUAUAUCGGCGCCGUCAACAGAAUUUAUCAACUGUCCCCAGACUUGGAAGUUGUCCAGUCGAUUAUUACUGGUCCUGUAAACGAUUCUGCUUUCUGUACCUUCGAUUGUCCAGCGAAUUUCGUCAAAAAACCUACAGACAAUGUGAACAAAGCUCUUGUUAUUGACCGAGUGAACAGCAGACUUAUAACAUGUGGUUCGGUUCUACAGGGACUGUGUUCUGUGCGUAAUUUGAAUAACAUAUCUCAUGACGUGCGUGAAGUUCGAGAACCAGUCGUAGCCAACAAUGCAACAGCAUCGACCGUGGCAUUUAUUGCUCCUGGACCACCAAAUCCGCCGAUGACUCAAGUAAUGUAUGUAGGAGUGACAUUUACCGGAAAUUCUCCUUACCGUUCCGAAGUUCCUACAGUUAGCAGCAGGUCAUUAGAAGAUGACCGCUUGUUUAUGAUAGCACGUACAGCAGUUACCACAGGCACUAGAAUGUUUGUCAAUUCAUUAUCACGCGAAAGAUACCCUAUCAAUUACAUAUAUGGAUUUGGUUCUGAUGGCUUCAGUUACUUUUUAACUACGCAGCUAAGAGGCGUGGGUUCCGAUACAUAUUAUAGUAAACUAGUACGCGUGUGUUAUGAUGACGAAAACUAUUACUCUUAUACAGAAAUUCCCAUGUCGUGUAAUGGAGAAGGUGGAGGGAAUUUCGGAUACAACCUUGUGCAAGCUGCCUUUGUUGGAAGAGCUGGGUCUGUACUUGCUGGUGAACUUGGUAUAACAGCUCAACAGGAUGUUUUAUUUGCUGCAUUCAGUCAAAGUGAAUCUAUUAAUACAAACACGCCAUCUGAUUUAUCAGCACUAUGUGUAUAUUCACUGAAAGCUAUCCGUCGAAAAUUCAUGCAAAACAUCAAAACAUGCUUCAGUGGAAAUGGUUCACGGGGUCUUGAUUUUAUAUCACCAUCUCAUGCAUGUAUUGGAACCAAGUUACAAUCAAUCAGUGAGGAUUUCUGUGGCUUAGAUGUUAAUACGCCGUUGGGAGGUGAACAACCCGUUGAAGCCGUACCAGUAGCUGUAUUUAAAAAGAGAUUAACAGCGGUGGCAGCAACUGCAACAGGAGAUUACACUGUUGUCUUUGCAGGAACUGCUCAGGGUCAUUUAAAGAAAAUAGUAGUUGAAAGUGCGACAUCCGCCUUUGAAUAUGAAGAUAUUGCUGUUGAUGAAGGGUCACCAGUAAAUAAGGACUUAUUCUUCGAUACUCAGUUGAUGCAUUUAUAUGUAAUGACAGAACGUAAAGUGUCCAAAGUGAAAGUUCAAGAGUGUAGUGUUUAUAAAUCGUGUUUAAAGUGUCUCGGCGCCAAAGACCCUUAUUGUGGAUGGUGUUCUCUUGAAAAUAAGUGCAGCUUACGAUCCGACUGUCAGGAGGCAGCUAAAGAUCCUCUAUAUUGGAUAUCAUAUCGUAGUGGUCGUUGCACUACUAUUACUCAAAUAACUCCAAAUCAAUUGCAACGAACCACGGCUAGAACAUUAGACUUACUUAUUGAGAAUUUGCCUACUCUUAACGGACAAUUUUUAUGUGCAUUUACAGCUUUAGAUCGUACUUUAAUUACUAAUGCUACUAGAAAACCUUAUGGUGUUAAUUGUACUACUCCACGCACCGACACCCUUCCACCUAUUCCUGCCGGUCAACAUCAUUUUACAGCUAAGUUGUCGGUGCGUACUACUCAGGGACCUGAUUUUGUAGCCACGAAUUUCACGUUUUUUGACUGCAAUACAUACAGCUCAUGUACGCAAUGCGUAAGUUCAUCUUUUCCAUGCGAUUGGUGCGUAGAUGGUCAUCGUUGUACACAUGACACUGCUGAAAAUUGUAGAAACCAUAUUUUAGUAACAGGAGUUAGUAGAAUCGGUCCUAGUUAUCGUUCAGGUCCUGGUUUUUGCCCUACAAUAAAUUCAACUUCUGAUGGUACAAAUGAAAUUCUUGUCCCUUCUGGUGUGAAAAAAGCUAUAAAAGUCAAAGUGCAUAUUAUUGGCCAAUUCAUAGUUCAGACUCGAUUUGUUUGUCAAUUCAAUAUAGAAGGUCGUGUUACACAUGUAAAUGCUCAACUUCUUGCGGAUACCAUUUAUUGCGAACCUGUAGAAUUUACGUAUACUUCACGUGCUCCUAAUAUUACUGCUUCAUUUGCUGUUAUUUGGGGAGGUUCAAAACCUUUAGACAACCCCGAUAAUACUCAUAUUCUUAUUUACCGUUGUAAUGAUAUGGCUGAUAAUUGUGGCAUGUGUCUUGCCCUUCCAGAAAAGUUUGGAUGUGGUUGGUGUCAGGGAUCAGAUCGAUGCGAAGUUCAGGAGCAAUGCGGAGCUCCAAGUGUUUGGCUAAAUCGUACUCAAACAUGUCCCAAUCCAGAAAUUCAUUCUUUUAGACCUCAAUUAGGACCAUGGGAUGGCGGUACUAACAUUACUAUAGAAGGUAUUAAUCUAGGUCGUAAUAUUUCCGAUAUUUAUAACGGAGUCACUAUAGCAGGAAUUAAGUGUCAACCUAUUAUAGAAAUGUAUAUUAAAACCAGACGUAUUGUUUGCACUGUAGACGGCCCAGGUGAAGAAGUACCAAGAGAUGGUCCCGUAGUUGUUCGAGUAGCAGACUAUAGGGGUGAAUCAAAACAUCACUAUGCUUUCGUAAACCCAAAAAUAAAUUCGAUCCAACCUAAAUAUGGCCCACAAUCUGGUGGCACAAAACUUCGCAUAACUGGUGAAUAUUUGAAUGCAGGUAGUAACAUACAGGCUUUUAUAGACGAUUUACCUUGUGCCAUUUUAUCAGUCACUCACGAAGAAGCUGUUUGUCGAACAAGUCAUUCUUAUCAAUUAAAGAUGGGCACAUUAAGAAUGCGUUUUGAUAAUGGAAUGCGUACUUUAGAACGUGAAAAGUUCGAAUACAUCGAAGACCCGGUUGUUGUUUCGGUUGAGUCUGGUCCAUCUCUUGUAUCGCAACGUAAACAACCUAAAGGUAUUCCAUCCGGCGGUAUAAAUAUUAAAGUGAUAGGUCGCAAUUUCCAUUCCAUACAAUUUCCACAGAUAUAUGUUUACCACGACAACCGACCUUAUAUAGCACCUUGUCAUCGACUUGAUUUUCAGACUCAAUUAAUUUGUGAAUCACCUGGUAUUGAAAGUGCUGGUUUAAGUUUAGAUCCUGACAGACCUCUAGAAUUAGAGUAUGGAUUUUAUAUGGACGACGUACUAAGUGUACAAAAUCUUACCUCUAAAACAGGUGAUGCAUUUUUACUUUAUCCUGAUCCAUUUUAUGAAAAAUUCGAUGAAGAUGUUAAGUAUUAUAAGUCUGAAUAUUUAACAAUUAAUGGUCAAAAUUUAGAUAGAGCUUGUACGAUGUACGAUGUCGAAGUACAUAUAGGCGAAAGUCUUUGUAAUGUAACAGCUCUAACUAGACACCACCUGACUUGUCGGCCUCCAUCACGCGAUGAAUUGCCAGACGGCGAUGAUACACCUGAAGUUGUGGUCAAAGUCGGACGUGCACUCACCUUUAAAAUAGGUAAAUUAUCUUAUUCAUCACAGGCUGGCUUGCAGGCGGCAAUAGGAAAGCCAGUAUUAUUCGGUGUAAUAGCCAGUAUAGUAAUACUCAUUUUAGUAUUUGUCGUAUUUCUAGUUAUGUAUAAGAGAAAAUCAACUGAAAAUAUUAGGGUAUUAAAGAAUAUGCAAGAGCAAAUGGACAUUUUAGAGUUAAGAGUAGCUGCCGAAUGCAAAGAGGCGUUUGCCGAGUUGCAGACUGAAAUGACGGAUUUAACGGGAGACGUGACAGGCGGUAUACCAUUCUUAGAUUACCGCACAUAUGCCAUGAAAAUAUUGUUCCCUAAUAUAGACGAGCAUGCCGUCCUUCAAUGGGAGCGUCCAGAGCUUAUUAGAAAGGAGAAGGGUCUCAGAAUGUUUGGACAGUUAAUUAUGAACAAAACAUUCCUAUUAUUAUUUAUUCGUACUUUAGAAAGCAAUCGAUAUUUCUCUAUGCGUGAUCGUGUUAAUGUAGCUUCACUUAUUAUGGUUACGUUACAAAGUAAAAUGGAAUAUUGUACUGACGUCUUAAAAACAUUAUUAGCUGAGUUAAUAGAAAAAUGUAUGGAAGGUAAAAGUCAUCCAAAAUUAUUGUUGAGGCGUACUGAAAGUGUAGCCGAGAAAAUGUUAAGCGCGUGGUUUACUUUCUUGCUAUAUAAAUUUCUUCGCGAAUGUGCAGGCGAACCGCUUUAUCUUUUGUUUAGGUCAAUGAAAGGUCAGGUAGACAAAGGCCCGGUAGAUGCGAUUACGUCAGAAGCGCGUUAUUCUCUUAGUGAAGAAAAGCUCAUUAGGCAAUCGAUUGAUUUUAAAGCGAUGAUGGUUAGUGUAUCUAUAUCACAACAAACCAUUUUUGUAAGCGGCUUAGAGGCUACAACGGAGAACGUUCAAGUAAAAGUUCUCGACUGUGAUACUAUAAGCCAAGUGAAAGAAAAGUGUUUAGAUGCCAUUUACAGAGCUACACCUUAUUCCCAAAGACCUAGUCGCGAUGACCUUGAUCUAGAAUGGCGUACAGGUGCUUGCGGUCGUUUAAUACUCUAUGACGAAGAUAGCACAACUAAAUGUGAGGGCGAGUGGCGUAAGCUUAAUACAUUAAAUCACUAUCGCGUACCAGAUGGGGCAUGUUUGAGUCUCGUUGCAAAACAAAGUUCAGUUUACAACCUUUCUAAUAUGGAGAAAAAUGAUAAAUCUCACACAUAUGAGACAUUAAAUCGUGGUAAAUAUGGGUCUGCUAGUCCACCUGCGAGUCCACUCAAAUAUGAUCACGGAAAUGCUUUCAAAUAUUGGCAUUUGGUUAGGCACCACGAUGGUGACGCUCACAAAGAGGGAGAGCGUGGAAACAAAAUGGUUUCAGAAAUAUAUCUGACGCGACUACUCGCCACAAAAGGUACAUUGCAAAAGUUCGUCGAUGAUUUAUUCGAGACUAUUUUUAGUACUGCGCACCGUGGUUCAGCGCUACCUCUAGCUAUAAAGUACAUGUUCGAUUUCCUCGAUGAUCAAGCGCUACAACAUGCAAUCUCCGACCCCGAAGUAGUUCACACUUGGAAAAGCAAUUCUCUUCCGUUGCGCUUCUGGGUUAAUCUGAUUAAAAAUCCUAACUUUGUAUUCGAUGUGCAUAAAUCUAAUACUGUUGAUUCGUGCUUAUCCGUCAUCGCGCAAACUUUUAUGGACUCCUGCUCAACCUCCGACCACAUCCUCGGUAAAGAUUCACCUUCGUCUAAGCUACUCUACGCGAAAGAUAUUCCUGUUUAUAAAGAAUGGGUAGAGCGUUAUUACGCGGAUAUAAAGUUGAUGCCGGCUAUAUCCGACCAGGACAUGAACGCUAUGUUAGCAGAAGAGUCUCGUCUUCAUACAAAAGAGUUUAACACAAAUUGCGCGUUGAAUGAGCUGUAUGCAUAUGCGGUUAAAUACAACGAGCAGCUAAUGGUGACGCUCGAGGAGGACGAGUUCUCGCAGAAACAGAGACUUGCAUACCGCCUCGAGCAGGUGCACGGCCUCAUGACUCACGAUUACAAUGUGUGA